ACUUAGAUUUUGAAAUGUUUUGAACCUCUCACUUGCGAAAAAGAGAGUUUUCCUUCUCAGGAAAUAGCACCACAAACAUGUUUGACGUGGCUUUAAGUAGUGCUGGAGCAACUAUUGCCCUUGCUACAUCAUUUGAUGAAAAUCAUCCUCCAGAAAAUAUUAUUGACGGAAGUCUUGAUACUUUCUGGCCAACAACUGGAAUGUUUCCUCAAGAAUUCAUUAUCACCUUCAGUGCAUUAAUGAGCAUUGGAAAUAUUAAACUCUUAUCUUCAAAUGUUAAAGCCCUCAGCAUAGAGAAAAGCACAAAAACAGAGGCACUGGACUUCGAACCUCUUGUGGACAAAGAGUAUGAACAUUCAGAGGGUCAGAUGCAGAGAGAUGAGAUAAAGAUUCCUGUUACAUCAGCAUGCCAUCUGAAAUUUGUUAUCAAAAGUGGAUUUGACCAUUUUGUUUCUAUUCAUAAUGUCAGUGUUGAUGGCACAGCCGUGCACUAAACAUCAGGCUCUAUAUUCAGACAAGCUGUGAAUAUAAGUAAUUACAAGAACAUGUUUUAAGCAAACACCAGUAAUAUGUUUGCAGAGGGAUGUUGACUUCUUGUUACAGUUCCAUAUAAUAUUAUGUAUAAAAAAAAAAAACCCAUGUGGUUGUUUUCAAUGUCCAUAGGGAAAACUUGGCUUGACACAAAGUAUUUAAUGUAUGUCCCCUCCCCCUUUGAUUAAUAAAACUAACAAUUUUUUGAAUAAUAUAAUUAUUAAUGCUUAGAGAUACGAUCAAGUUAUUAGACAAUAUUAAUGUGACCUUCAUCCAGACAGUUCCUUACAGCCAUUCAGAUAUUUAUAUGAGGGGAUAAAAAUAGAACAAACGCAUCAGAAAAAAAAGAGAGAAUAAACAAUGACAAUAAAAUCAAUUUGUGGACAGUGUAGUUGUUAAUAAUUGUGUCUACUGUAUAGAGGAGAGAAUGCUUUCGUAUGAUGAUUAAAGACAAUUACAUUUAUGAAAUAAAACAUUGAGGCAAAGAAA